UGCAACCCUACGAAGCAGCUAAGCUGAGUCUCUUUCUCUCUCUCUUAGACCACCUCUAUAUCUGUGUCAUAAUCUCACCUCUUCCCUUCUUCAUUUUCAUUCAACCCUUCUCUCUCUCUCUCUCAGAUAGAUUCUAUAAGAUCGCAGUUUCCAAAGAAGCUAACUGAAGUUCAAACCCCCAUAACCUCUCUUUCACGUUCCUCAACGACACAUAAAACACACACCAUGGACUCUUCUUCUUCAUCACCGCCAAACAGCACCAACAACAACUCCCUCGCUUUCUCUCUUUCCAAUCACUUUCCCAACCCUUCUUCCUCUCCCCUUUCUCUCUUCCACUCCUUCACCUAUCCAUCUCUCUCUCUCACAGGCAGCAACACGGUGGACGCACCGCCUGAGCCCACCGCUGGAGCAGGACCGACCAACCUCUCCAUAUUCACCGGCGGCCCCAAGUUCGAGGACUUUCUGGGCGGUUCCGCCGCAACAGCCACCACCGUCGCGUGUGCACCGCCACAGCUUCCGCAGUUCUCCACCGACAACAACAACCACCUAUACGAUUCGGAGCUGAAGUCAACAAUAGCCGCGUGCUUCCCUCGCGCCUUGGCCGCCGAACAAAGCACCGAACCGCAAAAACCAUCCCCCAAGAAAACCGUCGACACCUUCGGGCAACGCACCUCCAUCUACCGCGGCGUGACCCGACAUAGAUGGACUGGGAGAUACGAAGCUCAUCUAUGGGACAAUAGUUGCAGAAGGGAAGGUCAAAGCAGGAAAGGAAGGCAAGUUUACUUGGGUGGUUAUGACAAGGAGGAUAAGGCAGCCAGAGCUUAUGAUCUCGCAGCUCUCAAGUACUGGGGUCCAACUACCACCACUAACUUUCCUAUUUCCAACUAUGAGAAGGAACUGGAGGAGAUGAAGAACAUGACUAGGCAAGAGUUUGUUGCUUCUCUUCGUAGGAAGAGCAGUGGUUUCUCUAGAGGGGCCUCUAUAUACAGAGGAGUAACGAGACACCACCAGCAUGGCCGAUGGCAGGCGAGAAUAGGCAGAGUUGCCGGAAACAAAGACCUCUACCUUGGCACUUUCAGCACCCAAGAAGAAGCUGCUGAGGCCUAUGACAUUGCUGCUAUCAAAUUCAGGGGAUUAAAUGCAGUAACAAACUUUGACAUGAGUCGCUACGACGUGAAGAGCAUUGCAAAUAGUACUCUUCCUAUUGGUGGUUUAUCUGGCAAGAACAAGAACUCCACAGAUUCUGCAUCUGAGAGCAAAAGCCAUGAGCCAAGCCAAUCCGAUGGAGAUCCAUCAUCGGCUUCAUCGGUGACCUUUGCAUCACAGCAACAACCUUCAAGCUCCAACUUAAGCUUUGCCAUACCCAUUAAGCAAGACCCUUCAGAUUACUGGUCCAUCUUGGGGUACCAUAAUACUCCCCUUGACAACAGUGGCAUCAGGAACACUACUAGUACUGUUACUACAACUACUUUUCCAUCCUCCAACAAUGGCACUGCUAGUAGUUUGACACCCUUCAACAUGGAGUUCUCAAGUGCCCCCUCAAGUACCGGCAGCGAUAACAAUGCCGCGUUUUUCAGUGGAGGAGGCAUCUUUGUUCAGCAACAAACUAGUCAUGGUCAUGGAAAUGCAAGCAGUGGUUCCUCCUCUUCUUCUUUAAGCUGUUCAAUCCCAUUCGCCACGCCCAUAUUUUCUCUAAAUAGCAAUACUAGUUAUGAGAGCAGUGCUGGUUAUGGAAACUGGAUUGGACCUACCCUGCACACAUUCCAAUCCCAUGCAAAACCAAGUCUCUUUCAAACGCCAAUAUUUGGAAUGGAAUGAGCUCAUGCACGAGCUGGGAUGAGAAUCUGUGCAUAUAAUGAUGAAAGGGGAAGAAGGACAAUAGUGGUGAUGGUGUUUUAGCAUGCAAAGAAGCAAAGGACGGACUAGUCCCUUUAGCUGAUGCAGUAUUUGAAUGAGUUGGACUGACAGUCAUAAUUUCAUGAGAAUCGUAGCUAUACCUAGCAGCUGACACUGUACUAACUCAAACUUCCUUUGUUAUGUUUUGAAUGAAUUUUCCUUUUUCUUUUUCGCCCCUUUAUUAGCUUUUUGGUCCUGUUAAUAUACUGACAUUAUAUCAAAUGAGGAUAAUGGGAAGAAAAAAAAAAUCCUUUUGUAAUCCCUUUCAUCUCAUUUUUUGUUAGUAUCAACUUGCCAUCUAUGUGAAACUAGGCAUUCAAUGCCUAUAUAUAUUGAUGUACCUUUGGUA